CAGCUUUCGGCCACACCAACUUUAUCUUGUAGUAAUCAAUCGCCUUUGCCUUUGAACCGCUGUCAUUAGUUAAUAACAUUGAAGCUGUCAAGCCGUUAAUAAUCUAAUACAAAUUCGAUUAAAGAAUAAAAAAAUAAUAGAAAAAAAGCAAGAAAUCGGACAAUAUGGAUCCCUACUCGGCAGAAGGCGAACUAAUUAACAUCCACAACCACUUCCACCAAGGUCAAUAUCAGGAGGUCAUCGACUUCGACACAUCCUCCCUCUCGCCCGAAAACGCCCUACCCGCCCGCGUCCUCGCCCACCGAGCUCGCAUUGCUCUGGGACAAGCAGAAGACGUCGUUGCCGACGUGCAAGGCGAAUCGGAACCAGAGUUAGUAGCGGUGCGCGCGCUUGCCGAGUACAGCUUAGGGAAGACAGAUGCGGCCGUCCAAGCUGUCGAGGAGCUUGCCUCGUCAGCCGGGGAUAACCAGACGGUCCAGAUCCUUGGAGGAACAGUCCUGCAAGUUGCUGGCAAGUCGGAGGAGGCUCUCGCAUUAUUAUCGCAACAUUCUGGUAGCCUUGAUGCUGUCGCCUUGAUCACGCAGAUCCACCUCCAGCAAAACCGAACCGAUCUAGCCCUCAAAGAAGUAGCUGCGGCGAGGCGGUGGGCGCAAGAUAGCCUGCUUGUCAACUUGGCAGAGUCGUGGGUUGGCCUACGAUUGGGAGGAGAUAAGUACCAGCAAGCAUUUUACGUAUUUGAAGAACUCGCACAAGCCCCCUCGACAUCCUCCCUCGUCUCCCUCGUCUCGCAAGCAGUAUGCGAGCUACACCUGGGCCGCGUCGAGGAAGCGCAGGUCGCUCUCGAGCAAGCCGUGCAGAAGCAGCCCGAAUACGCCGAAGCUAUCGCCAAUUUACUGGUUCUAUCAGUGAUUACUGGCAAGGAUGUAGCCUCCGUGACUGAGCUUACAAAUUCCCUAAAGAAGGCUGCCCCCGAACAUCCUUUCCUAAUCGACCUCCAAGACAAGAGCGAGUUAUUUGACAAGGCGGCCGACAAGUAUAGUGCCAAGGUAUCGGCUUGAAAUAAUAAGGGCGGCUAGCAUGGAGUCUUUAUGAAUGUUGAUACCUAUACCAGUAGACCUUGGGGAUGAAAUAUAAAGAAGAAAAAAGAAAAAGGCGAAGUUCAUUUGGCUAUGAUACUCUACGAAUAUGAUGAAUACUACACGCAUGCAUGCCGCGUUGUUGUAAUGUUGAUUACGAAUCUUAGCUAACUCCUUUUACUAUGCUGCGAAUCGAGGGGAUCGAAAUGAUCUAGCUCAGUCUAGGUACUAUCCAAUAAAACUGUUGUUGUCUAAUAUCUUAUCUUCGAAGCAUAGCUCCAAAUCCAGUAUUCCGGUUUUUCACUUAUGUCGAGUAACAUACGAAUCCGUGAUUGGAAUUAUCAUAGAUACGAUGGGUAAUUAUAGCGUUGUUACAGCGUUG